UGCAUCCUCUCAUGCUCUUUAAGAAUAAUAGAAUAUUUUGAUUGUCUGUCUGCGGUCCGUUACAUCAUUUGAUCUCCAUGAUCAAGACGGGAUUUCAUCUACAUUUUACUUUAACACAGUCGGUGAUUUGAAGUCAUUGAAAGGUUGUGCCUCGAGUGAUAUUCUUGUUACAAGAAGUAAAACACCUUUUAGUGUUAUCAGCGACUCAUUACUGCAACAAACACGUUGAAGAAACGUUUCGGGGGGAAACGAGACAAAAGCUCAAUAACAAAUAUCGCACCUGAUUAUGAAGAAUAAACACUGACGUGAAGACAUCAAAGACACGUUGAUAAUGGGCACCUGUAUUUUGAGAUGAUUUCUAUUUAAAUCACUAUGCCUCCAGUGACCUCUCAAGAACUGCCACUGAACAUAUAUGUCGUCAUCUUCGGCACCGGGGUACUUGUGUUCAUCUUAAGUCUCAUAUUCUGCUGCUUCUUUAUAAGUAAACUGAGACAUCAGGCUCGGAAUGAGAGAGCUGGUUACAUGAUGGUUGUAUUCAAAGAUGAAACAACACAGUUACAUGGGCAUGGGCUAACAUGUGCCGUUUGCUUAGAGGAUUUCAGGAUAAAAGACGAGCUUGGGGUGUUGCCAUGCCAACAUGCAUUCCACAAAAGGUGUCUGGUGAAGUGGCUUGAAGUGAGAUGUGCUUGUCCUAUGUGUAACAUUCCCAUCAGUGCCACUCUGGGUCAAACACAGAGUCCCAGAAACCUGCUAGAUGAAUUGCUUUAAGUUUUCUAUUUGCCAAAACACCUCUUUCAAUUAAGUUCUCAUAUGGUGGACAUUAUUUCCAAAAAAUCUUGUACAAGCCAAACAAAUGGCUUCUAUUUGAAAGCAGUAUUGUUGUAAAAGAUUAUGUUUGCAGGGUUUUGUAUGUCUGGUUUAAAAUCAGAAUGUUUACAUAAAAUUUUGUGAGUCACUUUGGUGUUUAGCCUUUAAAAGUUAUUAGUCUAUUAAAGUGGGCUGGGUUUGACAGGUCAGACCUGUCACCAAAUGUCAGUGAAUCUCCCUAAUGAAUAUUCAUUAUUUGCACAUUGCAUAGGUUUAGUUGUUACUUGACCUUAUCAGAUUAAACCAAUCUAAUUGAUUUAAUCCUGAAUUAAUCUACAACUAUGCUAUUUGAAAACAGGUUGACUGGGGGAAUAAAACAGAGAUCCCAUUAAAGGAACUGUUGACCCAAAAGUUAAAAUUGAUGUGUAUGACUUUCUUCUGCAGAACACAAUUUAUGAUUUUAAAAGAAUAUUUCAGCUCUGUAGGUCCUGACAAUGCAAGUAAAUGGUGACCAAAUCUUAAGAUCCAAAAAGCACAUAAAGGCAGCAUAAAAGUAAUCCAUACAACUCCAGUGAUUUAAUCCAUGUCUUCAGAAGCAAUCCAAUUGGUUUUAGGUGAGAACAGACAAAAAUAGAAUUUUUCACUGUACAUCUUGCCAUUGCAGUCUCUUGGCACAAUCAUUAUUUCAUGCUCGAUUACACUUCCUAGUGCUUGAUGCAUGCGCAGAGCGCUAGAUGGUGAUGGGAGGUUUAAUCGAGCUUUAAAUUAUGAUCACCAAGGAGACUGUUGAGUUCAAGAUUUACAGUUAAGUUUAUUUUGUGUCUGUUUUCACCCCAAACCGAUUGGAUCGCUUCAGAAGACGUUGAUUAACCCACUGAAGCCAUACAGAUUACUUUUAUAAUGCCUUUAUGUCCUUUUUUUUUUAGCUUUAAAGUUUUGGUCACCUUUCACUUGCAUUAUGAGGAUCUAGAGAGCAGAGAUAUUUAUUUUAAAAAUCUUUGUUAGUGUUCUGCAGAAGGAAGGAAGGAAGUCAUGCACAUCUGGGAUGGCAUGAGGGUGAAUAAAUGAUGAGAAUUACAUUUUGGCCGAACUAUUCCUGUAAUUCACGAUUCUUUUGGUGGUGUUCAUAAUAACAUACUUUUUACCAUUUCUGCAGUAUAUACAGUGCAUUCAGAAAGUAUUCAGACCCCUUCAUUUUUUCAAAUUUUGUUAUGUUGCAGCCUUAUGCUAAAAUGCUUUAAUUUUUUUUUCACAUCAAUUUACACUCCAUACCCCAUAAUGACAAAGCAAAAAACAGAUUUUUGAUAACUUAUGAUAAACUAUAUUCAGUUUAAUAAACUGAAAUACCACACUGACAAGUAUUUAGACUCUUAUUUGAAGCACCAUUGGCAGCGAUUACAAGUCUUUUUGGGUAUGAUGCGACAAGCUUUGCAUACCUACAUUUGGGGAUUUUCUGCAGAUCCUCUCAAUCUCUGUCAGGUUGGAAGGGGACUGUCAGUGGACAGCCAUUUUCAGGUCUCUCCAGAGAUGUUCGAUUGGGUUCAAGUCUGGGCUCUGGUUGGGCCACUCAAGGACAUUCACAGAGUUGUCCCUAAGCCACUGUUGCGUUGUUUUGGCUGUGUGCUUAGGGUCAAUGUCCUGUUGGAAGGUGAAUCUUCGGCCCGGUCUGAGGUCCUGAGCACUCUGGACCAGGUUUUCAUUAAGGAUAUCUCUGUAUUUUGCUGCGUUCGGCUUUCCUUCAACCCUGACCAGUCCCCCAGUCCCUGCCGCUGAAAAACAUCCCCACAGCAUGAUGCUGCCACCACCAUGCUUCACUGUUGGGAUGGUUUUGCGCAGGUGAUGAGCGGUGCCUGGUUUCCUCCAGACAUGACGCUUGGAAUUGAGGCCAAACAGUUCAGUCUUGUUUCUUACAUUCUGAGAGUCCUUUAGGUGCUUUUUUUGCAAAUUCCAAGCAGGUUUUCAUGUGUCUUGAACGGCAGACAGGCUUCCAUCCGGCCACUCCGCCAUAAAACCCAGAUCUGUGGAGUGUUGCAGUGAUGGUUGUCUUUCUGCAAGUUCUCCAGUCUCCACACAUGAUCUCUGGAGCUCAACCAGAGUGACCAUCAGGUUCUUGGUCACCUCUCUUACCAAGGCCCUUCUCCCCCGAUUGCUCAGUUUGGCCGGACGACCAGCAUUAGGAAGAGUCCUGGUUGUUCCAGUCUUCUUCCAUUUAAGAAUUAUGGAGGUCACUGUGCUCUUGAGAACCUUCAUUACAGCCAUUUUUUUUUGUUUUUUUUUGGUAGACUUCCCCAGAUCUGUGCCUCGACACAAUCCGGUCUCUGAGCUCUGCAGGCAGUCCCUUUAACCUCAUGGCUUGUUGUUUGCUCUGAUAUGCAUUUUCAGCUGUGAGACCUUAUAUAGACAGGUGCCUUUCCAAAUCAUGUCAAAUCAAUAGAAUUUGCCACAGGUGUACUCCAAUCAAAGUGUAGAAACAUCUCAAAUAUGAUCAAGAGAAAUGGGAUGCACCUGAGCUAAAUUUCAAAUGUCACAGCAAAGGGUUUGAAUACUUAUGUCAAUGAGAUAUUUCAGUUUUUCUUUAAUAAAUUUGCAAAGUUACCAAAAAUCUGGUUUUUGCUUUGUCAUUAUGGGGUGUGGAGUGUAGAUUGAUGUGAAAAAAAUAAAAUAAAAAGCAUUUUAGCAUAACAUUGAGUCCAAACCAGACAUGACGCCAUGACAAGCGAUAAAAGGUAUCUUUUCCAUGUUAAUCAGAGUUUUUGUCCUAACCAGCCAUGACACACAGCAGGUGACAGGGCUUUCUAUUUUGAAAUGGUUUCUAUUUCUGCAAUGUCACGCCGACCAGCGCAGUCAACAGAUGGGUUUAAAAUUCUUCUUAUUGCAUUAUAUUAAAGUCAGCAUCUCACUAGCUGGUUCACAACAACUUGAGUUUGGCCGAAGGUGUCACACGCCAACCGAAUGUUGUGCUUGAGGUCUCCCUCUCUGAGACCUGCCAGCUCAUUCUGACUUUCACUCUGUCAUGGUGAGAUUGGUGACAACAACAGGAGUACCACGUGAAUAUUAACAAUCAUACAGACUGAAUUAAGGAUGCAAUUCAUAAUGUAACUUUCCCUGUGUAUUGGUAUGAUUGUGCAUUUAUCCCCUCUGGGCUUGCUGUAGAAGGCGUUACAGAGCUUAUGUAAGAAAAGGAGUUAAUUGCAUUCAAUUAACAGACUGUUGUAUCUGUAAUUGCUCCAUUUUCUACAUUUCGUCAAUUAUUCUCAUUAGAGUGUAUUAUCGCGCUGUCGCGUCGCGCCUGGUGUGGACAGACAAAUUGUUUGUCGCUGGAAUCUUAUCGUGUCGUGUCUGGUUAGGACAAGGUGUAAGCCUGCAGCAUAACAAAUGUGAAAAAUGAAGGGGCCUGAAUACUUCUGAAUGCACUGUAGUAUACAUACCACAUACAGUAUAUGAAUUGUCUGUCUUUAUGCACAGAAUAGCCUUCUAGGUUUGACAAAAAGAUCAGUAUGCAGCACAGCACAUCUUCUUUUCCUACUUGAUCAGACUGCAAAAAAAAAAAAAAAAAAAAAAAGUAGCAUUAAGAUUUUAGUAAACUAUCCUAAAAUGACAGUAAAGGGCACAACCUGCUGGUCAUUAGGAAGAAUUGCAGCAGCACGCUGCCAUUUUGGAACCAAAUCAGACUUUAAUGGCCUCUUUGUGAAAGAUUUAUAGGUUACAAAAACACAAGAGCACAAUAAUAAAUGAAAACCUAAAUAUUUCUUUAACAAGUAAGCUGAGCUGUCCUUUCUAAGGUGAAGGAAUACAAAAAUUUAAUGAAAGGAAUCUUAAUCCAUCUUUAAUCCAUGUUUUAACAAAUUAAGAGUCCAGAGGACUGUCAUCAGAAUACAUAAAACAGGACCAUGGCACAUGGAAGCAUAUCAUUCAGGAUAGGAAUGGCAAUAAAAAAAGCAAUCUCUCUAGUAAGGAAUGUGCAUGACUGGAGGAGGGGAAGUGAUAGCAAGAAUUAUAGUUGGCCACAA